UGUUGGGCACAAGACAUUCGUGGUCGCCUGAGUGACCAGCUCUUAUGCUCGGGGCACAUGGCACGUGAGGAUUUGGCUCUGCUGGCUAGAGAGGUAGUGAGAUUCAUGUCAGGGGCAGUGCAAAAGCAAAGCUGGUGGCUACAACUUCUGGAGGUCCUGAGCCUCCUGCGCCCAUACCGGGACCAUCUGGUGUGUGAGCGUAAUGUUCUGCUGCCAGCCCUUCAUCAUCUUUAUCAUGAGUACGAGAGGCACAGAGAUCUGCUGCACGACCUGAACAUCCCUACUGCUCUGCGGUCUGCCUUCCCCCCUGACCGCUCCUCACUCUUCCAGCUCCGCAGGGAUGGACAGGACCCAGGGGGUCCCCAACUUCCACCUAUCUAUCUGCGAGAACUACCCCAGUAUGUAGGGUGUGUGGGGGCACAGCUGGCUGGGGUAGAGGCCACCUGGAGCUGCAGACGUGGGGAGACUGCUCUGGCUCUGAAGACACAACUUCCCCUUGAAUUUGUGCCAGAUGUGAGACAUCCACCAUACAGGCUCCUGCAGCAACUCUCUCAUCUUCCCUGGCUGCCCCUUUCCCCUUCUCAGAGUUACUCCUUGCAGGAGCUUCAGGGAACAAUUUCUCAGGGCAGCUCUGAAGCCAGAAAUACCUUAAACAACUUCCUGACUGUGACAUCGCAGGUUUUGGGACUGGUGAGAGAAGAUACUUUCCUCAUUGUAAAAAACCUUCAGAUGAACCUAGAGAUGGUCAGUUCUGCUCCCUUACAACAUACGGCAGUGAAGGCCACUCAGAGACACCUGCACCAGGCAACCUCAUGGCAGAGCAUGCUGGGAAAUCUGGCUUCUCUGGUGGACUGUAUGAUCACUCAGAAUCUACGGACGUUUAUUCAGAGAGACAUUGCUUCCUUUGUGUGUAAUGUCAUUCAGCCUGGACCUGGUGUUUGCUGCUCCAUGCUGAAAGUCAGCCUAGAGUUUUCUGAAGAACACAAGCUGCGGCUGAACCCAUCCAGUGAUCAUGUGCAGCUGAGCUUACAGGGAGCUGUGGGGUCCAUACUGGAUUUGGUCUCAGAGGUAACUAGUAGCAUGCAAAAUAUAAAUCUCAAACCAUCUACAUCUGUGAAUGUGCAACAAAGACUGAAUGGAUCCCCACUCUUCUCAAGUCUUAAAGUGAUACCGGAACACGUACCCCUCCUCAAGAGACUCAGUGUGGACAGACUCACAGUUAAGGGACAGACACUGAAUGGUCACUUCCUACCUCUUAGACUCCAAACACUGGAAAGGGAUCUGCGUACUGACGUCCAACCUGACCUAGAGAGAAUGAAGAAAGUGCUGGAGGAGUCUGUGCGUGAAGUGCAGGAUCAUUGCAAGGAGCUGUCUUGGAUUUGUGAGGUUCAUGCCUUUGUCCAGCAUUGGUCUCAUAAAGAUAUGGAGAAGCUACGUGACCGUCCUGUAAAAGAUUAUGAGGAUCUCAUCCAGCAGCUACAACAGUGGGAAGAGAAGGUGCAUCAUGUGGAGGAAACAAUCAUUUUGCCCGGACUGACCAUUUGCUGCUCUAAUAUUAAGAGAGAGACAGGUCUUCCCGUGCACUGUAUAGUACAAGAGCUCUUUUCUUUUCUAACCUGUGAGAUACGAGAGCGAGCACAGAAGCUGACAGACAUAUUGGGGACCUUUCCUACCAUAAACUGCAACAUCCAGAUGUUUACUGAAUGUGUCAGCAAGGUGAAGCUCACCCCAGAACUACAGCAGCGCAUGGACUAUAUACUCUCCCUAAGUGAUCUAAUGUGCAAGAAGUAUCGGCAGCACACAGAGGAUGAGCAGAGUCUGCUGGGAAAGUUGAUGGAUGCUUGGGACACUUUCCAACAACAGUCAAAAAAUACUUCUGAGUUCCUGAGCAGUAACAUAUUAUCAAUGGAUACAAGUCUCCAAAAGAACUUCCAAGCAUGCUGUGGUCAAGCUGAGGGGUUGGUUGCUGCAGCCUCUUCAUCCUCCUAUCUGGACCCUUCCCAGAAUGCUCAGUUGGUGCUGAAAGAGCUGGAAGACCUGCGCCAGAAGGUUCAGUCUGUUAUAUCUCAGCUCCGGGACCUUAGUCAUUCCAGACAAGCACUCAAUGGAAAGACGUUUGACAUAUUGAGUAUCAUAGCUGGAGAGCACCAGAUUCAGGCACGGGAAGAAGCAUGGAGACUUCUGAGCAGAAGUGGUGUUCAAAUUACCGCAUGGAAAAAAAUGCUGUUUAUUAAGGUUAAUACUGAACUCAUGGACAAGAAGCUGCAGACCUGGGAGAGACGCCUCCAUAACGUGUCUGUGCUGCUCACAGAUGAGGAUCCCGUGCUCCAUGCUGUGCAACAUAAUCUGCUGGACGUUACACAACUGCUGACACUUCUCAAGAUGCUCAGAGACCCUGCAAUAAAGCAACAGCACUGGGAGGACAUCUUCAUCAACCAACUAGCUUUAAAAUCUUUAUCAUCUAAGGAUAAUGUCAUUUUGAAGAAAGCAGAUAAAGGUGGGGCCACAGUAAUCAUUGAAAAAGAGUUUUAUAUUGGAGAAAUUAAAGGUCAAUUAAGUGAUGAACAUGUGUACAGAAAACUUUCAAAUAACCCUGUUUUUCUAAUACAAAAUGAGCUUAGGAACACUUUGACAAUUGCCCCAAAAAAUGGAAUUAUUGGCAAGGAUUUGCUUAAAUUUUUUGAUGUACCAUAUCCACGUACACCUGUACCUUAUACGUUACCAAAGGAAUUUCUCAUGCUCUUCAAAUUUCUUCAAUUCCAACUCAAUUUCCCCAAUACGGUUACGGUCCUUAAGAUUUACUCUCUGCCUGUGCUUACAUUUUAUCAGAAUGUUCAUCAGUUUAAGAGAGCAGUCUAUAUGGGUCGGACAUUUUCUGGGCUGGAGAAUUUAACACUAAGUGAUUUGCUGACAUUCCCUUUUGUCCAUCAUCAGGAACAGAUCCAAAAGAUUAUCCUCAGAGCGCGCACAGAGCUAACCUCACUAAACAAGCUCAGACAGAUACAGCUGCUUUGGAAAGAGAGACAAUUCUGCCUGGUGAAGUUCCUUCUGUGUGUGCCAGUGAAGGAGUCGUCCCUUGACCAUUCCCAGAGACCUCCGAGUGGUCGAGUUUGUGAGCCGGAGGAGGGGAUCUGCUCUAAAGACAGUGGCACCUUCUUACUUAUGGACUUGCCCCUUCUCUGCGGCCUUGUGGAUGACAGUCUCUUGUCUCUUCGCCUGCUUAGUCUAUCUUCAGCCUCUGCUGAUCUAAAGGAAGAUAUUUCUCAGUGGCUCCAAAAUCUGCAGGAACUGGACCAGUCUCUUGAUCUUUGGAUAAGUUUCCAGGAGAAGUGGAUUUUUCUGACCCGCGUUAUCCAUGAGAUGAGGUUUCAACUUCCCAGUGUGCAAAAGCAGUUUCUUGAUGUGGAUCAUUUUUAUCGUUCAUUUAUGGAUGCAACCGUGCAAGAUCCACAUGUUAUGUCCAUACUGAGUCAAGCUAAGGGUUGUCGUGCCUGGGAUCUCCAAGGUGAAGCUCUGCCUUCUACCCUCAAGAAGGGCAUCUGUGUCAUGGAGAAGAUGAUUGGAGAUCUUGGAGAACUGUUGGAUGAAUCACGUGCUCUCUGCCCUCGCCUCUUCUUCCUUGGUGACAAGGACCUGGUCACCAUCAUGUCAGCAACAGCAGAACCCACAGAACGCCUUCCAUGUGCCUUGCUCUGCUUCCCCAGCCUUACUAACAUAAUCUUUGAGCCUCAGCUUCCUGACCCAACUACAUUUCCUCUCUAUAGCAGCAGGGCACUAACUGUGGGUGUGGUGGGUAAAUUUGACGAGCGACUGAACCUCUGUUCUCCAAUCCAGGAACACCUGAAGAUCACCACCUGGCUUUCAGAACUUGAGCAGGGAAUGCAGGGGAGCCUGAGAAGUGUGCUACAGAAGUGUCUGUGUGAGCUUGGGGGGGAGGGCACAGAACUUGGGAAUGCACAGAGUUGGGCAGCACAGAUGACAACCUUUCCCUGGCAGUGCUUAGCUGUAAGAGAGGAGGUUCUAUGGUGCAAAGAAAUGGAGCAAGUUAUUUUGUCCCAUUCUGCAUCUCCCCUGAGAGAGAGGAUAAGAAACAAGUUGCAGGAUCUGGUACAUUGCCUGGUAGAACUGCACAGGUCACAAGAUAUUGCAGGACCCAUGCUCCCCCGGUCACAUUGUGUCUUAUCUAAAUGGAUCACCUUGACAGUUCAGCAGAGGGACAGAACCAGUAAUUUGCUGGAUGGAGGCAUAAAGUCACCAGGCUGCUUCUUGUGGGUUCAAACAUUUAAGUAUCAAGUUAAAUAUCUAGAAACUUCUAACAGUGAUGAGGCUGGAAAAAUAUCCUCAGUGAGAGAAUUGAAAAGCAAGGUCAAUGACAGGACAUUUGAACAGAAGAGGACAGGAAGAGAAGAUAGUCCUGAGGGUGGUGGGGAAAUGUGCUACAGUCCACAGUCCUCUGGGGAAGGCACAACAGAGUACUCUGCCUCACAGUCUACAAUGGGUAACACUGUCCCACAACAACUCAAAUGUUAUGUAGAUGUAUUAGGCUAUCAUCUUACAUAUGAGUAUGAAUAUCUUGGUUUGGACAAAAACCUAAUGAACUGUGUCCUGACUGAUCGAGCUGCACUUGGCCUUGUCCUGGCACUGGAGCAGUAUAAGUGUGGAACAGUGAUAGGACAGAAUGAGGCUGCCAGGAUUCAGACAGUGUUGGCACUGGGCAAUGCUCUGGGGAGACAAGUGGUGGUACUAAAGUGCUGGUCAGGACUGGAGUUCAGCAGACUGAGUCUUUUUCUGCAGGGAGCAUUAAAAUGUGGUGCCUGGUUAGUGCUGGAUUCUGCACACCUACUGACAGCACAAGUGCAAGUGACUCUGGGACAUCUCCUUUGGGACAUACAAGCAUCCUGCCAUGCUCAGCAGCCUGCAGAUAAUCCCAUUCAGCUUGAGGGAAGGUUACAUACAGUGGAACAAAGCUAUGGUUGCUUCUUCACCCUUCCUCAUCUAUACUCAAUCAGUAUAUCACCAUCUAACCUCCGGCAGCUACUCAGGCCUGUGUCACUGCUAGCCCCAGACGUACUCUCCACUGCACAAAUGUCCUUAUUGGCUUCUGGCUUCCAUGGACACUUGCACUUAGCUAACAAGAUAACAUGCUUUUUCAAGCUGGCUGAAGAAUGUGGUGUUGUAACCAGAGCCAGCUGUUCUCCCCUGCUACUGAGGGUGGUGCAGACAGCAGGAUAUUUUCUUGCAUUGGCGUAUAAAGCUAAGUGUGAGGAGAGAUGUGAAAGUCAGGUUGCAGGAUUAGCCAGUGCACCUUCUGCAGAUAUUGAGGAUCACACUGCAAAUCUCCACACUCUUAAUUCUCAUUGCAGCAAUAAUGAUGAAGAACUGGCUCUGAUCAGGGCAUUGUGCUUCUCUCCUGUCUUGUCUGGGCCACAGUCUCCUUCACAGAGUCACAUGAGGGACAUCCUCAGAGACCUCUUCCCCUCAUGUUCUUCCUUACCCCUCUGUGCAACAAUCUGCUUUGAAUCCAAAGAUGCAUUACUCUGUGCCAUAAAUCUGGAGCUGCAAGCCACAGGACUUGAGCCCCAUGAAGAACUAAUCUCCAACAUUCUGCAGCUCUAUCAUUCACUUCAGCAAAACCCUGGAACUCUGCUCAUUGGUUCUGCAGGCAGUGGAAAGACCACGUGUUGGAAAGUUUUGUCCCAAGCUCUUAACCGUCUAUUUAGCAGUGUAGAAAUGCAGGAAGACCCCACAAGACAAACACAACAGCUAGUGCAGGUGACUCACAUCUUCCCCAACAGCCUCACAUCCCAGGAACUACUUGGAGAGCUUGAUAAUGGUGGUUGGAAAGACGGGAUCUUUACUCAGCUCUUGCAAAGGUCAACACAAGUGUCAGCAGCAAAAAAGUGGAUAGUUCUAGAUGGGUCAGCAGCUCCUGACUGGACAGACCCUAUUUCAUGUCUAUUCGGUCCUUCUCCUUUCCUGAUUCUAGCCAAUGGUCAGCGCUUCUUAUUGUCCAGAUCCAUCAAGCUUUUGUUUGAGAUGCAGGACAUGUCCAGUAUGACUCCUGCAUUAGUUACAUGGUGUGGUCUUGUGCAUUAUGGUGGAAGUGACACUUGGAGAGCAAUGCUAAGUUCAUGCUUAUCAAACGUAUAUUCAAAAUACAGAAUUAUGCGCGCCACAGCAAAUCUACUGCAGAGUCUGUGUGAGAGCAUGAUACCAAAGACACUCUGCUUUUUGGAACAACACUGCACCAGUGCCCUGCAGUCACACAAAGCACAUGCAGCUCACACGGCAUUGGGCAUGCAAGCUGUCUCCUCCUUCUGCAGCAUCCUACAAGCACUACUUGACCAGCAUCUCCUGAGGGAACGUAACACGCAAGUGAUCUACAAGAAACCAACAACCAGACACAUUCAGUCAGGAGCAGCAUCAGAAGCAACAUCUGAUGUCUCCAGUGGUCACCUCAAUGAAGAUUCUCCGCUUUCUUGCUUGGACCAGAAUGUCCCACUAGAGAACCAGCAGCGGGUGCAGACGUACUUUAUAUUCUCUUUUAUCUGGGGAUUUGGUGGCCACAUAUACACCAAACAACGCCAUCACUUUGAAGUGUUUCUCCGUGAGCUCCUGUCACAUUACACCUGGGAAGUGGAGAUUCCUCAAGAUGUCUCCCUGUUUGAGCUGUCACCUGACCCUGAAGGCAACAUCCUGAAAUCUUGUGUGCACGGUCAUGUGACAGCCCCUGGUCCGAGAGAGUUUGUUUAUCUUCCUCAGUAUGAGAGUAUUGUUCAUGUCCUUCGUUCCCUCUUGGUUUCUGGAUAUUCUGCCCUGUUGGUUGGUGCACCCGGAUCUGGAAAGACAAGUGUGGCACAGUAUGUGACUCUCCAGGAAAUAUCAACCCUGCGGAUUCCUGUUAAUGUCCUUCUUCGCCCAAACCACUUGCGGGAGUUCCUGAAAGGCCAACGUCAUAUUACCCAAGGGCCCAAAACUAGGGGCCACAAACCUCAAUAUAUCUCAUUCCUGGAUGAUCUUCAUAUGACACCUUGGGAUUGUCACAGCAAAACUCACCCUCUGUGUGAAGUCCUGCGUGAUGAGUUUUCAAAAAAAGAUGUUACCCUCCAGUCUAGUUUCCUGGGCACUGUCUGCCCCCCAGAGCAUGGCUUCAUUUCACUUUGCCCACGUUUUGUUCGUCUCUGCUCUGUCCUUGUACUGCCCCACACAUUGCCGGAGACCCUGCUUUGCAUAUUCAGCUCCCGUUUUACAAACUGGUUAAAGGUGGCACGAAUUACAUCACAGGCUUGGAUGCUGGGAAAAGCCUUGGCACAAGCCACUGUGAAUUUAUACAAUGAAGUGACACACACUCUCCCUCAAUACUCAUUCUCUUUGCACCAUAUGCAUCGAUUACUGCAUAGUAUGACUCAGCUAUGCCCAAAUCCUGGACCACAGCUCUCACUAGUGCAAAAUGACUCCCUCUCUACCAGUACCCUCACCACUCGUGGAAUUGCCCGACUCUGGAUGCACGAGGCUCUGAGAACCUUUAGUGAUGGGAUGCUGACCCAACAAGACAGAGAUAAAUUCAGAGAGCUUCUGCUGACUUGUGCUGAGAUGGCUUUCUGUAGCCCUGAGCCACUGAACAUGGUUCCACUGAAAGGACAUAUGGUCACCACAAAGACUGGAGAGAUGUGCCAGUCUGAAUUCCCUGAAAGUGAGAUGGAUACAGAGGACUGGAGUGCGGAUCAAGACAUUUCUCCUCAGUUAUCUGAAAUCUCACCUUCCCCCUCUGUGUCCCAACCUUUGCACUCUUCCUGCCCAUCAUCUUCAUUUGCCCAUCCUCCCAGAAUCUCUUCCACUCAAGACCAGCGGCUACCAGUUCAUAUGCUGCUUACUGAGAAGACCAUUCAGGACCUUUGUUUCUACUUUGACCUGAGCCUAGGAACCACUGACUAUACAGGGGUCCCCAUGUACCAAAGGAAACCAGGAAGACCUCAGAGUAGAGAAAGGGCAAAGAGCCCUCAAUACAUAGAGAGGACAGGUGGCCCUGUAUACUCAAGACUAUUGGGAUAUCCCCAAGUUACAGAGCGGCUGGGAAGGUCAGAUUAUGGCGAGAUGCUUGCAUCUCUUUCUCUUGGUGUACAGCCUACUGCUCUGGUUAUGUGUCCUGAUGAUGUGCAGCAUGUUACUAAUCUGACACGGAUACUGCUCAUGCCUAGGGGGCACAUUGCACUCCUGUCGCAACAUCCAGGGAUGGGUAGACGAAGCCUGGCAAAGCUGGCAGUGCAGCUUACCCAGAGUACUCUACUAGAACUGAGUGGUACAGAAACACAGGAGGAGCGUUAUGCUCUGCUGAGGAAAGCAUGCUGGAACACUGGGGUGAGAGGAACUUCAACUGCUCUGCUGGUGCUUGAUGGAACCCAACUCUGUGUGCUGCAAGAACUGGCAGCCCUGGUGAGUGAAGGAACCUUCCCUGGGCUGCAUAGUUCAGAGCAAGAAGAGAAUGCACUACAGGCUCUGCUGCAGAGGAAGAGGAACUGUGACAAGAACUCAAGAAACAGGGCUCUGAGAGAGAGGUUCUAUUGUCAAGUCCGUUGUAAUCUGCAUGUUCUGCUCCUCACCCAUAUGCACAGCAUGAAGACCCUGCCCUCUCCACUACACCAUUAUCUCAGCACUGACAUAUAUCACCCGUGGGGACUUCAUUCCCUACAACAUGUCGCAAAGGAAAUCCUGUGCCGGGCCCAACACCUUCCAUAUGAAGCUAUGUCCCAAGAAUCAAAUGAUGUUAUAAUUGUGGUCAGAGCCGCAGUAUCUCGGGUGCAGGAGGUUUAUGCUGAAUGGGAGAGAUGUGAGGCUGAGGUUAAGUUCCUGACUGAGGAUCUGCAGGCAGCACAGCAGGAGUCGCAGCAGUGCGUACAGGAUCUCGCAGAGGUACAGAAGCAGUACCGUCUGGUACAGCAGCGAAGUGAGGAGCUAGAGAGAGCCCGAGCGUACGUGGGAUCCCAGGCGAAUGCUAUGCAACGGCAAAGACAAAAGAAGCUGGAGGAGAUUCAACUGCACUGGACCUCUGUUCAAGCAAAGCUGAAAGCUUCUGAAAUUGAUGAAAUAAAAAGUUAUCGAGCCCCUCCUUCCCAAGUUGUCAUGGUAACAGAUGUUCUCUGUAAUAUAUUUGGAAAUGAGCCAAGCUGGGAAAGUGCCAAGCAGCUGAUUGGACAAGAGAACUUUUACCAGGUUAGAACAAAUGAGGGAGAGACACUGGAAAAGAUGAAGAGUGAAAACAAUAUAAAGAGAGGAAACAGGAGAAAUGCUCAGAGUAUCACUUCCAUGUCAGAACCAUGUCAAGUUGACAGCUCAGAAUCAACAGCCAGAUUAACGCCUCUACCUCAGGAGCCACACUCAGUCAUCUGUGAAAUAAUGGCAUCAGAUGUGGCCCUCAGUCACAAGCUAACCACUGCAGCCAGGAAAGGUUUGUGUGUGUUAAUCACUGACGUGGAAAGCAAUGUAUCUGUGCUCCAGUUAGUGUGUGCUAUAAUAUCAAGAGCAGAAUAUACAUUUCUGAGUCAUCAGACUGGUCCUGAGGUUCUGACACAUGAUACCUGCAGCUCACCUCCCACAGAACUAACUGACCACAAAACUGCCAGAGAAGAUAUGCCCUACGUGCCUAGACAACAGAACCAAUCGAUACCAUCACAAACACCAAUGGCAGGAAUAUCUCCAUCCUUUCAUGUGUACCUCAGCACGAGGCUCUCACUAAACACCCUUAUAGAAGAGGUGGGUCUCUCCUUCCUUAAGGGUGUGAGUGUUAUAGACAUGAGUAUGAGUUCCUCAGGAGUAGAGGAGGAGUUGUUAGCAGAGCUGGUAGCGUGUGAGGAACCUCAGCUUCAGGAGCAACGCAUGAGUCUAACCCUGAGCUCUCUGCAGCUGCAGAAGGAGCUACAUCAAGCUAAGGAAUCCCUUUUGGACUACACCGCCUGUUCCGCAAGUCACCUGCUGCAGGAUAGAGGAUUCCUUCCCAGGCUGUGUGAGAGUGAGAGGCAGCAGCAGUCACUUACGCAGUCACUUCAGGAUGUGGAGCUGUUACAGCAUCAAGCAGCAGAACGUUUGCAGCCAUGUGUAUCUGCAGCUCAGGGUGGUCACUUUCUGUACUGCAAGCUAAAGGAGAUGUCCCACCUCAACCAGUGUUAUCCCUUCUAUGCUUGGUUAUUUCUUCACUGGGCUCGGGUGUCUCUGAGGAAGCAAAGUGCAGUCCAGGCCCUCAGAGGCGGGCUGUGUGCUGAGAAGAUCCUCACUCAGGGUAUCCUUACACAUGUGCUUCCUAGCCUCACCCAAAAAUACAGGUGUGUGCUACGUGUUCUACUGGCCGUAGGGCAGCCCCCUGUAACGGAGUGGCUCUCCUUCCUUGGCUUGGCACAUAGCUUCAGUGAAGGAGCUUCUUCUUCUUGUGUACAAAGACCACAGUGGGUGUCUGGUCAGGCUUGGGAAGAGCUGGGCUACAUGGAGAAACUGCCACCAUUUAGAGGCAUCCGAUCCUCUCUCAGCACACAGUCCAGUCAGUGGCAGGAGUAUUUCAGUCUUCGCUCCACUGUAAUUGGCUCCAUUCCCUGCUCCCGUUUUACGCAGCUCACACUUUUCCAGACAGCCAUCCUUUGGCGUAUCCUGAAGCCGGAGAAGCUGGGCCUGAUGCUCACACACCUGACCACCUGUGUUCUUGGGCCUGAAUUUGCAGAUGCAUGGAAACCAGAGACGGAUUUCAUCUCCUUGACAGACCCCCUGACACCUGUUAUGCUUCUGCUCCCAGGGCCACAUUCACAGGAGCCGCCUGCCCAUCCUCUGGGCCAGAUCCUGCAGCUGGCUAAAGAAAAAGGGAGAAAGGUGAAAGUCAUUAAUGGUGACCUCACAUGUCCUAAUUCUGAGCUGUGUGACAUUCUGGCUAAAUGUCAGCAUGACGGACAUUGGCUUCUGCUAAACCACUGCUCUGUGCAGGGACACUGGGAUCCGGCUCUGGUCGCUGCACUACAAGACUUGCUACAGAACAGAGGUGACAAGAACUGCUCACUGUCUAUAGACAUCUACUGCUCACAUGAGAAAAGGGCAUCUUUUGUGAAACCAGAUUUCCGACUUUUGAUCAUCACUCAGGAGGAGAAUUGGCGUUCAGUGCCAGUGUGCAUACGACGUGUUUCAUUUAAUGUGCGCUGCACACUGUUCUCCGACCUUCACUUUGCACUGGAGCACAACUGUGGUCACUUAUCUGAAGUGUCAGUGUCUGAGGCUCAGUACAAUAUGGACCAGCAGCUAUUAACCCUGCACAGCACCCUGCUCCGCCGGCAGCUGUACAACCGCUCACUACAGACAGAAACCUACCCCUGGUGUCAUGAAGAUCUCCAAAUUACACAGUAUACUCUGAACAGAAUGAAAUCUGUGUGUGAGAACUGGGAGGAUGCCCUGCGCUACAUGACAGGUUCGGUUAUAUAUGGCGGUCACAUUGUGGAUCAGGGAGAUGCAGAGAGUAUCAUCAGUGUUACCAAUCAGAUUCUGCAGAUAGGUACGGCUGAGUCCUCACGUUACUCAGGAUCCUGGUUAUCGAAUGCUGUGUCUUGUACCCAUGUCUCCUCCCUUUGGGAACCAUCAUCGCUUCAUGUGAGUGAGGGGCUACUACAUGCAGCAAUACAGAACUAUGGCCAGGAGUUUCUGUCUGACCUGCUCAUCACUCAGGAUCUCUGGAUUCCUGAAGAUUCAAACAAACCUCUGAGCUACCUAGAUAGAAAUAAACUGAGGAUCCCCAUGCUAGAGCAGCACAGAUUCUAUGACAAGGUGUGCACCAUACUCCCUAAAAGGAAAAAUGUGGAACUUUUGAUUCUAGAGACAUUAGGUCAAUUGCUAGACCAUCUUAUGGGGCUGGAGGAACAAACUGUUGUGCUAAACAAGCAGCUGGUGGACCUGGGACAGAGUCACCAAAACAGUAUAGAGCAAAGUUGGACAAGUUGUCCUUUGUAUAACUUUCUCCUGGAGGAAUGGAGCAAACUAACUCAACUAGUCACACAAUGUUUGAGGGACAUAAAUAAUGCAGCUUCUCCUUGUCUCUGUGAGAGGUGUCAUCAUGUAAGGAAUGCUGUCUAUAUGGGCUCCUUGCCCCAAGGGUGGAACGUAUAUCCUUCUGAAGCUGCUCUGACGCCACUUAACUGGGUGAAUAAUCUUCAGUUACGUAUAAAGAUGCUCUUCAGUUAUGUGUCGGCAUCAUCUACGCUCAGCAUGACCUACAACCUAAGUGUGUUCCAACAUCCAAGCUUGUUCCUUCACGGCAUCCUGCAGAAGAAGGCUCAGGAAGAGCACCAAAGCCUGGAGCAGUACUCCCUGAGAAUGCAGGUCCUGAGUUGGAUGCCCUCUGUGCCAGACAGUGUUGGCAUUUUACUAACUGGUUUGUACCUACACAAUGCCCUAUGGGACACCCGCUUGGCUGCGCUGCAGGAAACAUUGUCCUCGAAACUGUGUGCCCUGCCAGUUGUGCACAUCUGUGCUGUGCAUGAUCGUGAUGCAGAAGCGUACAGAGGAGACUCGCUGCCUGUCUAUUUGUGCCCUGUGUACCCGAAUGUGACCACAGAGAGCCCAGCACACCUCAGAGAACAUGCUGUGUUACUUUUACCACUUGCAACCCGUAUUUCACCAGCCGUGUGGUGCCAGCGCAGAGUGCACGCCAUCAGCCUGUUGUGUGACUCAGCUGUAAAUGUCUAAUGUCACAUUGUCACCUCUCUGGGAUGCUUAGUAAUAAAGACUAAUUGCAAACACAA